AUGCUGCCUCUCCGCCCGCCUGCAGCUGUGCGGUGCGCCCGUCGCGCCCUCGCGCAGCGCCGCCAGCUCUCCACGACCCCGGCGCUGCUCUCCCCAGCGCUGCCCACCUCCACCCCGUCCUCCACCUCCGCAUCCACCCCCCCCUCCCCCCCGGCCACCGUCUUCUCCGGCAUCCAGCCCACCGGCGUCCCACACCUCGGCAACUACCUGGGCGCCCUGCGCCAGUGGGUGCGCCUGCAGGACGCCGCCGCGCCCGACUCGUCGCUCCUGUUCUCCAUCGUCGACCUGCACGCCAUCACCGUCGCGCAGGACCCGCGCGCCCUGUGCCAAUGGCGCCGCGAGAUGCUGGCCAGUCUGCUCGCCGUCGGCCUCGACCCCGCGCGCUGCAUCAUCUUUGCCCAGAGCAGCGUCAAGCAGCACGCGGAGCUCAUGUGGAUCCUCAGCUGCGGCGCCUCCAUGGGCUACCUGGGCCGCAUGACGCAGUGGAAGAGCAAGAUGAACCUGCCUGACAACGCCUCGCCGCUUGCCGCCUCCAAGGACCAGCUCAAGCUCGGCCUCUUCUCCUACCCGGUUCUGCAGGCCGCCGACAUCCUGCUGUACAACACCACCCACGUCCCCGUUGGCGAGGAUCAGGCCCAGCACCUCGAGUUCACCCGCGAGCUGGCCAUCGGCUUCAACCACCUAUACGGGCCCCUCCUGACCGUCCCCGAGACGCUGCUGAGCCCUGCAAAGCGCCUCAUGAGCUUGGUCGAGCCCACCAAGAAGAUGAGCAAGAGCGACCCGCGGCCCAAGAGCCGCAUCCUGAUCACCGACUCGCGCGACACCAUACACAGCAAGCUCAAGUCAGCCCUCACAGACUCCAUCGAGGGCGUGACUUACGACCGCCACGCCCGGCCUGGCGUGACCAAUCUGAUCGACCUGAUCUAUCACUUCGAUCAGGCGGGCGCUACGUCGCCCGAGGAGCUAGCCCGAGACUUCAAGAACCUGAGCAUGCGCUCCCUGAAAGAAAAGGCUGCUGACACUGUAGAAAAAAGCAUCGGCCCCAUAAGGGCACGAUACGAAGAGUUGAUGGCAGGCGAUCAACGGGAGCUUGUCACACAUGCUGAAAACGGCGCCAGCAAGGCGGCAGUCAUCGCUGAGUCCACCAUGCACAGAAUACGUAACGCCAUGGGUUUAGGAUGGUGAACGAGCUCUACGACCAGCCUGUUCCAUCGUUUCUUCGAAAGAAUAAUGUGCGUCAUGAACACUCGCGUUCCUCACAUACUCCUAUAUCAGAUCAUCUACGGUGGCGGAACAGUAGAAGCAGUGGGAUCAUAGCUCGGUACGCAAAAAGA